UACACAGAGCUUUGCUUACGGAAUAGCGCACAACCGUCCAGAACCGCUCUGCCCAAGAAACAAAGACAAAACCAUGCACGAUACAGGGCAAGUUCAUGCAGUAUAAAAGCUAUCUCUGCCCGCGUUUUGUGAGUGUAUGUAGUGUGAAUUGUGUCUUGAGAAGGUUUCGCAAGUGAAUUGGGGAAAUGACGAGUGAAAAAAAGUAUCUCGGGUCGGAGUACACCCAAGUUACGGCCAUGCCCAAAAUCAAGGGCACCGUCUUGCUCACGUACAUCAUCACGGCACCGGUUGUGCUUGGGGUUUAUAAUUUCGUGGACUUUAAUUUGCCAACCAUGCCUACCAUAGUGGAUCGAGUCGUAUUCAUGACCCGUUGGCAAUUCUUAACCAUUCUCACCUUCCUUCACAUGCUCCAGUUUGCAUUGCACAAACGUGGGACCGUGGCAUGGAACCCAAUGAAUCCAGCCACGGUCAAAUUUGUCGAGGUUGAAAAUCGAGUGCUGACCAAUUCCGUGGAACAACUGAUCUUAUUUUUGGGCACCACUAUCAUUUUGACCACAUAUUUGAAAGAGAACCAGAUGGCACUGAUCCCGAUUUUGAUUAUCACGUGGUGCUUUGGACGAUUGCUCUUUGGAUACGGAUACAUAUAUCAUCCCAUCUAUCGAGCCCCAGGCUUUGCCAUUAACUAUGGUAUAGUUUUGACCUUGUCGGCUGCCCUCUUUUACUUCACAUUCUCCACUCAAAUGAUGCUGAUGACAAUUCCAGCCGUCGGAUUCAUGAUUCACCACAUUUACACCGAAUUCCUCUUUUUGUUCACCACAGUCAAAUGACUAUGUCUAAACUUUAUCAUUAAAGCUCUUAAAUAUUAAAUCUUUAACUCUAUGAGUGGAGUGUUCAGA